AUGGCGACAGAUGUUGUUUCACAGCUCGCUGAGUCUCUGGCCAAGACUGGAGUAGAGGAAGGGGAGCUGAGCUACAAAGGCCAGGGUCGGAAGUUGGAUGAUGCUAAGUCGGUGGAGGAGAUUGUAAAAGAGAUCCAGGACUUUGAAGGGUUACAGGCCCUGCGUCUGGAAGGAAACACAUUCGGUGUGGAGGCGGCACAAGCCAUUGCUAAAGCUUUGGAAACAAAAAGCACAUUUAAGCAAUGUUACUGGAGUGACAUGUUUACUGGCCGCCUUCGUUCUGAGAUUCCACCUGCCUUGAAUUCUCUUGGUGAUGCAUUAAUGUUGGCAGGGGCAAGGCUGACUGUGUUAGACCUGAGUGACAAUGCCUUUGGACCUGAUGGAGUGAAAGGAAUUGAGAAGUUGCUCAAGAGUAGUGCCUGUUAUACUCUGCAGGAGCUACGAUUAAAUAAUUGUGGAAUGGGCAUUGGAGGAGGAAAAAUCUUGGCAGCUGCAUUGACAGAUUGCCACAAAGGCUCAAGUGCAGAGGGCUGCCCAUUGCGCUUGAAGGUGUUUGUCGCGGGUCGCAACCGGCUAGAGAACGAUGGUGCAAUUGCCCUUGCUCAGGCUUUUCAGCUAAUGGGAAGUUUGGAGGAAAUUCACAUGCCCCAGAAUGGCAUUAACCACCCUGGUGUAACGGCCUUGGCUACAGCUGUUCAGCACAAUCCAAAUCUACGCAUCCUCAAUCUUAAUGAUAACACCUUCACUGACAAAGGUGGCAUCGCCAUGGCGCAGGCUCUGAAACAUCUAAGCAGCAUUCAGGUGAUAAACUUUGGGGAUUGUCUGGUGCGUCCUGCAGGAGCUGUUGCAAUCGCAGACACUGUAUCAGAAGGACUUCCCAUUCUUAAGGAACUCAAUCUUUCCUUCUGUGAAAUCACAGAAGAGGCUGCUCUGAAAGUUGUAGAAGCUGUGAAACACAAAGACACGCUGGAAAAACUCGACCUCAAUGGAAACUGCCUGGGAGAAGACGGGUGCAGCGCUGUGCAGGAGGCCAUGGAGGAAAUGAACAUGGCUCCGCUUUUAGGGUCUCUGAGUGAUGAUGAAGGUGAACCGGGAGAUGAUGAAGAUGAAGAUGAUGAAGAUGAGGAAGAAGAUGAUAUAGAUGAAGAAGAAAUUGAGGAGGAGGAGGAGGAGGAGGAGGAGGAUGAUGAUGAUGAUGAAGAUGAAGACGAGGAGGAAGAGAAGUUUUCCACACCCAUCUCUGCACCAAAGCUUCCAGAUGUCUCCUCCUUCCUCAGCUUUCCUUCACCUGACAAACUCUUAAAACUUGGUGACAGAAGAGCCUAUCUGAUUGAGCAGCGGGUGGAUUUGACAGACACUAUGAAAACUGCAGAAGCCUUCAUGAAAAUAUCUUCUGUUUACAAGGACGACAACACAGAAGUGAAGGAUGCUGUUUUGGACAUAGUUGAUGCACUUCUCAGGAAAGCUUAUUCCAACACCUCGUUCCAGGGAUAUAGCUUUGUAUCAUCGCUGCUAAUCCUGUUUGGGCUGAUCAAGAGUGAGGAUAAAGUAAAGCCUGUUACAGUGGUCCCAGGACACCUCCAGGACGUGGAUCAACAAAGCUCCCAGAAACAACCAAUCCCUGAACCUGUGUGGAAAUGCUAG